UUUCCACGUGACUGGAUCUGGCCGGAAGUAGUAGCUACCGGCUUCCGGUGAGCUUUCCGUCCGUCCGGCUCUGCGGAGUCAAGGAGAGAAAGAUUUCUACUCUGGUCAAUGACUGCCUCCCCAUGAAGAACCCCAUGAAAUGAAUAAAGCACCACAGCCUAUAACGGGACCCCCCACCGCCCCCCACCCUGCCCCCUCCCCUGGUCUGUCACAGCCAUCGUUCCCCCCUGGGCAGCCAACCUCUGUGGUGUUUGCUUCCUCAGCACCUCCUCAGAUGAACCCCACGCCACAGCCCCGACAGUUUGGCCCCGGGCCCCGACCUGUACACCAACAGACCUUCUUCGGCAGCCGGGGCAGCCUGCCGUCCGGCACCGGGCCGCGGGGCGUCCCGCCCAGCACCGCUCCUCGGCCUGUGGCUUCUACCCACGUCUACCAGGCGGGCCCUGGAUCCCAGAUGAUGAUGAUCCCCCAGCAGCAGCUGCAGUUUCCCAGCUCCCCUCAAGGCCCCGCCUACUUCAUUGGACAGUACCGCUCGCCGACCUACGUGGCCACCCCCCAGCAAUACUCGGUCCCAACCGGAACCCCGGCUUUCUACCCCGGAACCAGCCCAGCUGAAUACGGUACUUAUGGGACCUACUACCCUGCACAGCCUCCUUUCCCCCCCUCUGUGCAGGCAGCACCCGUCAUCAUGAAUCCGGCCCCCCAGCAGCAGCAGGCUCCGCCUCAGCCCCCUCAGCAGGUCCCCACCAAGCGGGAACGCAAACAGAUCAGGAUCAGAGAUCCUAACCGAGGAGGCCAGGACAUCACGGAGGAGAUCAUGUCAGGGGGCCGCAGCGGCUCCACCCCGACGCCCCCACAGACGUCUGGACCAGAGAGCCCGGCGCCGCCUCAGGCCAACGGUGAGAACAUCUCAGCAUCAGCAGCCCUGGGGGGACUAGAUGGAGCAGAUGACGGCGGGAAGCUAACGCCGCUCUCUCUGACCCCUGAGCUCGCCAAGGUGGACACCCCCCUGACGGAGGCCCCUUCCUCUGCCCCCCCUCCACUCUCACACACCUCUAACCCAGCCCCCAGUGAUGUGAUGGAUGCCCCGCCCCCUCAGAGAGGCCCCUCCCCCCCAGUAGCUCCUGAGGUUCCUGCCUACCCUGCACCACUGCCUGAGCCGGCCCCCCCCAGCAGCUGUGCAGCAGAGGGGGAGGAGCCAGAGGAAGGCGUGGUGUCCGUGGAGCUGUCCCUCAGCUCAAACGGCGUGGCAGACCUGGACUCAGAGGGGUCCCCCCCUCAGUCAGAGGACGCCCUAGAAUCUCCCAUCGUUCAGCCCGAGGAGCUCCGUUUACCCAACGGCCUCCAGGCCCCACAGCGCCCCCCUGCAGCCGCCGCAGCCGAGCGCCACGACAGCCCGAUAGCCGAGCCUGAUCUGAGAGAGGAGGCCGGCCCACCUAGCUCACAGCCCGCUAUGGCCACGCCCACUGCCGCUGAGCUGGUACCAUCUGUUGCUACUGAAACCCGGACUGAAACCGAUCAGCCGGAGCCACAGGACGGCGUCUCCAAGGACGUCCCUGAGGCUCCGCAGCCUGACGCCAAGGAGGAGACGCCAUCUCCCACAGAGACGGUUUCCUCUACUCCUCCUCCUCCUCAUGUUCCUGCUCCUCCCACAGUGGAGGAGAAGGAUGCUCCCAGUCCUCCUGCCGUCACCCCCUCCCCUGUAGAAUCUACUAUGCAAGCUGCUCUGUCUGUGCCAAAGAAGAAGAGGAAGAUGAAGGACCUGAACAAGAAGGAGGCGGUUGGAGACCUCCUGGAUGCCUUUAAAGAGGAGCAGGUAGCUGCCCGACCCGAGCCUGAGCCGGCGCCUGCCCCCCCCUCAGAGCCAAAGCCCCCUAUUGCAGCCCCCCUACUCCAGGAGGAGGCCGACCUGACCUGGGAGGACAAAGAGGACAAGCUGGACGCCGAGAACAUUCAGUCUGCUUCUACCGACAAGAAAUACCAGUACAAAGAGGAUCUGUCCAAGCCAAUUAACAGAGAGGAGAAGAAGAAAUACGACAGACAGUUCCUCCUUGAGUUCCAGUUCAGCUCCGCCAGCAUGAACAAGCCUGAAGGUCUGCCGGCCAUCAGCGACGUUGUCCUGGACAAGGCCAACAAGACUCCUCUUCGCCAGUUGGACUCCAGCCGCCUCCCAGGGAUGAACUGUGGCCCUGACUUCACGCCCUCCUUCGCCAACCUUGGCAGGCCUGGAAUGGGGGGAGGAAGCCGAGGACCUCCCCCUGGAAUGGGCCUUGGGGUGGGCGUGCCCCGACGGUCCCAGCAGGUCCCCAGGAAGGAGCCGAGGAAGAUCAUCACCAGCAUGUCGCUCAACGACGACGUGCAGCUGAACAAGGCGGAGAAGGCUUGGAAACCGUCGGUAAAGAAAACGACUCGGAGCCGAGAGGCCGAGCAGCCGCAGGAGAAUGACCCCGAGCAGAUGAAAACCCAGGAGCUGUUCAAGAGGGUCCGCAGUAUCCUCAACAAACUCACCCCCCAGAAGUUCCAGCAGCUGAUGAAGCAGGUGCAGGAGCUGACCAUCGACACCGAGGAGAGGUUAAAGGGCGUCAUCGACCUCACCUUUGAGAAGGCCAUCUCCGAGCCCGACUUCUCUGUGGCCUACGCCAACAUGUGCCGCUGUCUCUCAGGGCUGAAGGUCUUAAACCCAGAAAAGCCCGGCUCUGAAGUAAAUUUUCGCAAGCUGCUGCUAAACCGGUGCCAGAAGGAGUUUGAGAAGGACAAAGAUGAUGAUGAGAUCUUUGAGAAGAAGCAGAAGGAACUGGAAGCUGCCUCUGGGGAGGAGGUGAAGCAGCGGCUGCGAGAGGAGCUGGAGGAGGCCAAAGACAAAGCCAGGCGGCGCUCCCUGGGCAACAUUAAGUUCAUUGGGGAGCUUUUCAAACUCAAAAUGCUCACUGAGGUGAUCAUGCACGACUGCAUCGUAAAGCUGCUCAAUAACCAUGACGAGGAGUCUCUGGAAUGCCUCUGCAGACUGCUGUCCACCAUCGGCAAGGACCUGGACUUUGAGAAGGCCAAGCCUCGGAUGGACCAGUACUUCAACCAGAUGGAGAAAAUUAUCAAGGAGCGGAAGACCACCUCCAGGAUCCGUUUCAUGCUGCAGGAUGUGCUGGACCUCCGACGGAACAACUGGGUUCCCCGGAGAGGCGACCAGGGCCCCAAGACCAUUGACCAGAUCCACAAGGAGGCGGAGAUGGAGGAGCAUCGAGAGCAGCUGAAGGUCCAGCAGGCCCUCAUCUCCAGGAAGGAGUCCGGAGGCCGAAUGGGAGACAGAGGCCCUGGAGGUCGCGGUGGCCCUCACACCCCGGGGCGCGGCGCCCCCAUCCAGGACGAGGGCUGGAACACCAUCCCCAUUUCCAAGAACCGGCCCAUCGACACGUCCCGCCUCAGUAAAAUCACCAAGACCCCUGUGCUGGACUUCAACAAUCAGCUGCUGGCCCCCGGGGGUAAAGGCACCUGGGGGAGCUGGGGGAAGGGCAGCAGUGGUGGCACCAGUACAAAACCUUCAGAACCUGGCCCCGAGUCCGGAACCCGUCCCACCACCAGCACUCUGAACAGGUUCUCCGCCUUGCAGCAGCCUUCGUCCUCAGCGUUUGACUCGGAGAGGAGAGCUCCUCAGAGGAACAGCUCCAGUAUAGAGCGCGGCGACCGCUUCGACCGAGGCGGCGACCGUUUUGACCGGCGGGACGAUCGCAACCGGGUCCAGGUCACAAAACGUAGCUUCAGUCGCGAGAAGGAGGAACGGAGCCGUGAGAGAGAGCAGCGCGGAACGGCCGACCCGGUUCGCCGGGUGGCCAGCGUGACCGAAGAACGUGAGAGAGGCAUUGCCGAGCGGCCAAGGAGCAAGGAGCAAGCCAAGCAGCAGGCGGUCUCUCCUCCUCCGCCCACACCGGCACUGACGGUGGAGGAGCUGGAGAAGAAGUCAACGGCCAUCAUUGAGGAGUACCUCCACAUCAACGACAUGAAGGAAGCCCUGCAGUGCGUACGGGAGCUACAGAGCCCGGAGCUGCUCUUCGUGUUCGUGCGAAGCGGCCUGGAGUCGACGCUAGAGCGCAGCACCAUUGCCAGGGAGCACAUGGGCCAACUGCUGCACCAGCUCAUCAGAACCGGCAUCCUGCCGACCCAGCAGUACUUUAAAGGGUUCCAGGAGAUCCUGGAGGUGGCAGAGGACAUGGCCAUAGACAUCCCCCACAUCUUCCUGUAUCUGGCAGAGCUGAUCGCCCCCAUGCUGCAUGAUGGCGGCAUCCCCAUGGGACCGCUGUUCAGGGAGAUCUCCAAGCCUCUGAUCCCUCUGGGCAAAGUUGGAGUCCUGAUAGCCCACAUCCUCACUCUGCUGUGCAAAGAAAUGAGCCAUAAAAAGGCUGGCACCAUGUGGAGAGAGGCGGGGCUUAGCUGGACAGACUUCCUUCCUGAAGACGUGGACUUCAACAAGUUUGUGACGGAAAAGAACGUUGAGUUCACUCUGGGCGAAGGGUCAGAGAAGAGCAGGAAGGAGAUGAGUCCUGCAGAGCUGAGCAAGCAGCUGGUCAGGCUUCUUCAGGACCAGGCAGACAACGAGAGGAUUUUUGACUGGAUCGAGGCCAACCUGGACGAGCAGCAGAUGUCGUCUAACGCGUUUAUCCGAACCCUGAUGACCUGCGUCUGUCAGUCGGCCAUAAUCUGUGAGACCCCGUACAAGGUAGACGGUGAGGUGAUCAAGCAGAGGGCCAAGCUGCUGCAGAGGUACCUGAAGGACGAGCAGAAGGAGCUCCAGGCUCUGUACGGCCUGCAGGCCCUGAUGGUGCAGAUGGAGCAGCCUGCCAAUCUGCUGCGGAUGUUCUUCGACACGCUUUAUGACGAGGACGUGAUCAAAGAGGAGGCCUUCUACAAGUGGGAGUCCAGCAAAGACCCCGCCGAGCAGCAGGGAAAAGGCGUGGCCCUCAAGUCCGUCACUGCUUUCUUCACGUGGCUCCGCGAAGCAGAGGAGGAAUCCGACAACAGCUAGGAGAACCUGGAGGAACCUGAAGCCUGGCGUGGAGGCUGGGAAGGAGAGCCUGAACCUGGAAGCUCCUUCAAAUGGGACAGAUUGUAUUUUGGAUUCAAACUUUCAGAUGUUUUCUUGGUUCCUUUUGUUUUUUUGUGGUUUCUAGUUUUCACCCUUGGCAGCAGAAUGUCUGAUGAGAACUACAGGAUUAGAGAAGCUAAGAUGGAGAUGCUGCUGCUGCGAAGUUUGUUUGCGUUUGCUCAGCGCAGCGCAGCGACACUAAAGGCGCCAUCCAGCGCUGCCACGUCUAUUUUUAAUGAUGGCUGAGCUGCAUGAUGAGCUUCUUUAAAAGAGGAGCAGCUGAGUUUCUGACUGGAAAAACUUUUAUAAGAAAAUAAUAAAACUACAAAGAGGAACACCGAGGGCGUUUUUCCGUUUCAGACACGGCUGUGACCUUUGGCCUCUGAAGGAUGACGCCGCCGCGUCGCCCUGAAGCAAAGUGGACUGUAAACCUUCAGCGUUGGUUUUAAAAAGAAACAUGUAUUUUAAAACCAAGUUUAGCUGCAGAUCCUUCAGUGGAUCUAAGGGAGAGUCGUGUAAAUAGCAGAUGGAGCCUCACUUCUCCUGUAUUUAUAGUUUCUCUCCUCAGAAGGUGCACCCAUUGAUUACAGUUUAAUUGAAAAUGUGUAAAUACUUUUGCUUUACUUUAUUAAAAAGGUAUUUAAUUAAA